ACGCUUGGUGAAUAUCUGACGACUAUAAUUAGGUUUCCCCAAAUUUCACAUCAUCAUCAUCAUCAUCGGUGGGUGGGGGGUAUCUUCUCAUCUCUCUCUGAUUGUUUCACACGCUCUGGUUCCCUCCUCUGGCUACCUUUAGGUUAUGCCGUUAACCCUACAGGUUAUAGAUCUGGUUUCUAGGGUUUCUGAAAUGUGAUUUACAGCUGGAUUCGUUAGCUACGAUUGAAAUCUGAAUUCGAUCUGGAAUUAGUUUGUAAAGGUUUUAAUUCCCUGUGAAACAUGGAGCAAGCACACCCCUUGUCAGAUUAUUUCCAGAAUCAGGUUAUCUCAUUCCAGAAGGUUCUUGAUUGGCGUUCUCUCAUUCCCAGACGUUUUCCUCUUUUUUCUUUUGUUAACUGCACCUAGUGAGCAUCUUGUACACAAAAGUAGUUUAGCAGGCGUAAUGCAACUUUUUUAUCAGAUAGGUGUUGGAUCUAUUAGUGAAAAUUGACAAGGCACUGCUGAUACAAUAGUCACUUCAAAAUUUUCCAAGACCAUCUGCUGAGGACUGAACUUUGCAUGUAAAUGAUGAAUAUUUGUACACCGUUAAUUGCUAGACGAGAAUUUACCAGUUAGAUUUACAAAACAACUUUUGGCCGAAUCUUUCGCAAUAUAAUCUUUAGUUUCUGGAGGCUUUCUUUUUGGCUACAAAAUUUCGUUUGGAUACGAAUCAAGAUGCUCUACAGUUCCCAGUUCUCUUUUCUUUAUAUGCCUAUUCAAUGUCCGGGUGUCAUUGAUCUGGUGUUCGUUAUGAAUAAGGCCAUGAAGCCCGUCCAUCAGAAGCAUACUGCUGUUCUAUACACGCAUCAAGAAAGUUGAGGGUGGAUAGUUUAUAUUAUUUAGUUCUAUAGGUGUCUAAAGAUUAAGUCUGUUAUUUCUUCUUCUAUGUUUGCGUCUCUUGGUCGUAAAUAAGGUGAUACAAAGUUGCAUACAAAAAAAUGGAAAGGUACAAGAUAAUCAAAGAAGUUGGCAAUGGAAGCUUUGGGGUUGUUUGGCGAGCGUUAAAUAAGCAGAAUGGUGAAGUGGUUGCGAUUAAGAAAAUGAAAAGGAAGUAUUACUCAUGGGAAGAGUGCAUAAAUUUAAGAGAAGUCAAGUCACUGCGUAAGAUGAAUCAUCCUAACAUAGUGAAGCUCAAGGAAGUUGUCAGAGAAAAUGAUAUCUUAUACUUUGUGUUUGAGUACAUGGAAUGCAGUCUCUACCAACUCAUGAAAGAUAGACUGAAGUCUUUCUUGGAAUCUAAAAUUAAAAACUGGUGCUUUCAAGUGUUUCAAGGUCUUGCAUAUAUGCAUCAGCGUGGUUACUUCCAUCGCGACCUUAAGCCAGAGAACUUUCUUGUUUCCAAGGAUGUAAUAAAAAUAGCUGAUUUUGGUCUUGCACGCGAAAUUGUUUCCCAGCCACCAUACACAGAUUAUGUUUCAACACGCUGGUACCGUGCCCCUGAGGUUCUUCUCCAGGCGUCAACAUACGGUCCUCCAGUUGAUAUGUGGGCUAUGGGAGCAAUCAUGGCUGAAUUGUUCACUCUGCGACCACUUUUUCCAGGUUCAAGUGAAGCAGAUGAAAUUUACAAAAUUUGCAGUGUGAUAGGCAGCCCAACAAAAAGCUCAUGGGCCGAGGGACUUGAGCUUGCGAGUACUAUCAAUUAUCUGUUUCCAGAGCUUGGUGGCGUAAAUCUUUCUUCAUUGAUACCAUCUGCAAGCAAGGAUGCAGUCAAUCUGAUCGCAUUACUUUGUUCUUGGGAUCCGUGUAAGAGACCCACUGCCGCAGAAGCUCUUCAGCAUCCUUUCUUUCAGAGUUGUUACUACAUUCCACCUUCUCUUCGCCCUAAAUCAACUACUAUUGCGAGAACACCUCCAUCUGCAGGAGUAAGCGGGAAGAGAGUUGUGGAGCAAAAAUGUGCCAAGAAAUAUCCAGGGUCUUUGCUUAACUCCAAGUCAGUGGAUAAUAUUACUUCAUCUGCGAAAGCGCAUGUAUCUCUAAGUACUGUUACAGGUGUGCAACGUAGACUGGAAAUGAGUCGACCGGAUGGGGUGAAUGAAAAGACAAAUAAGAAUACUGCCAGGCAACCAAAAUACCAACCGCCCAUGAAAAACAAUCCGAGAGGAAUGUAUAUGGGGAAGGGAAAAGGGAAUGGGGUCGGGGAUGCAGCUGAAAAGUUGGGAAAUAUGACGAUUGGACCGGGAAGAGGUGGUGGGCCUAGGAAUCCAGCACUACUACCGCCCGCACCACCACCGAUGAAAGCGGGAGUGGCGGCAAAUAGAUCAUCAGACUUGUUUACUGGAAGGUCUCAAGUUUAUAGCAGUAAGGUGGCAGGAUGACAACUACACCAUCCUAUGCUUUCUGCCAACAUAUGUUUAUCUUAUUGCUGUAUUUUGCGUUUCUGCUUAUGAGUGAAAGUCUUGUAUUAGUGUGAUCGAGUCUGGUCUGUCUUGUCCCUUGACUUGGGCGAGGGUCUGAAGUAUGUUUUUAGGGUAUCUGUGAUUAUAACCCUGUUUCGUCUGUCUCAUUGGUCGUGUUUCUAUAUCGUUAAGUUUGAUUUUGUUUCUUUAGAUGUCGUUGCUACAUGCCAGUAGUGUAAUGUCACCGUGUUCUAGUGAAACAAAAAAUAUAACAGUGAUUUAACACUGCUUUUCUUC